GACUGAAUGGCUCGAUGAAAAUUCCGACUAAAUUAGUGAAAAGUAUCAGCAAACCACUUUGGGUAUUUAAUUAGUGAUGAUGUGACGAUUAGCCAUCUAAAGGUGUUAUUAUGUGAUACUAUUAAAAUUCUUGAGAUAACUUUAGGUAGUGGCCUACCUGCUUUGGCACUUCUUCAACAGCACCCUUUGAAUUUUUCUUUCCUCCUUUCCUCUUUUUCCAUCAUUUUUUUAUUUGGUCUUUUCUUUCUUUCCCUCCUCACCUCUCUCUCUCUCUUCUUUCUUUGUCAACUUCUGUUUCUUUCUCUCUCCUCAUUGCUCUUCAAGCAAACCAAGAGAGGAAGGAAGAAGCAAGAAAGGGAUGUGUCCGUUAAGGCUGAUCCUCAUAUUCUUGUCGGCUACUCUUGCUGGGUUCUUUGUCCUCAAGAAGCUCAACAAUUCCUACGACGAUCCUCUCGCCGACCCUCUCACCGACGUUGAUCCCGCCGACGCCGACUCUGACUCCAGAUUCUCAAAGGUGGGAAAGGCAAUGAAGACUGGAUUUUGGACAUGCGUUGACAUGGCUAGUGGCCGCUAUCUCUGGAACCAUCUCUGUUCCAAUUCCGACAGCUCUUCCUGAGUUUUCUUACUCUCUCUUAAUCUCCAUUUGUCUGUAAUUUGUCUAAUUGUUUCAAUGGACAACACCAAAACAGCAUAUUGUCUCUGUACUUUAUUACAGAUCUAGUUUUCACCACUAAAUGUCAAUAAAAGUCAUUGAGUCUUUUUCUCCC